ACAGGAAGCUGGACCAGCAAUGGCUCUGCUGAAGGUUCUGGUGCUGCUGCUGGAACUGGAUGUUGCAGUGAGCUCAGUGUCUCUGCAGAAGAGGGUCCUUGGAGGUCAGAACUGUAAAGACGAUGAGCGUCAGUAUCACGUGUAUCUCAAAGCAUUUAAUGAAACACAUAGUAAUUUCUGCGGUGGAUCUCUCAUCACUGAUCAGUGGGUUCUGACUUCAGCUCACUGCCGGAACUCAGAUCCAGGAUGGUUUCUUAGCGCAUGUGUAGGAGUUCAUCCUAAAAGUACUGAAGAGAGGAUUUUUCCAAUCAAUCACCUUGAGAUUUAUAAAGACAGCAACGGUCGUGAACAUGACAUCAUGCUUGUGAAGCUGCCAACAAAGAUAAUAAAAAUCCGACCAAUCAAACUACCUGACUGUCCAGAUACUCUCCUACUUGGCACCAAGGUUCAGAUUGCAGGUUAUGGAUCAGCAAUAGUUGGCUGUUUUAACAGAAGAGUCCUACAUAAUCCAGAUGCCCUUCAGUGUGCAGAGCUUAAGAUUGAUAAACACGCAAGGUUGGAAAAGAUACUUGCAAAAUACGAGUUCUUUCACUACACUUUCCAGAAGUGGUACAGUGUGGAAAGCUCUAAGAAGGACAUAUCUUUUGGCGACUCUGGUGGAGGAUGGGUGUUCAGGAACAGGCUGUAUGGCGUUCAGGCCUUCAUUGGAGAAAAAAAGUAUGCAUACAGAGCACCAAGUGGUUUCAUGGAUGUCUGUGCCUACAAGAAGUGGAUAGAUGACACAAUUAAUUAAUCAAAAAACCAAGGCUGUGGCUAAAUGUUUCCAGCAUCGUAAAAUUACAAAGUUCAAGUUAAUCUUUAAAUUUCAGUUUUCCGUUGAUACAUUUUCUGAUUUACAGCUGAAUAAUUAGGGAAUUUAAGUUAUUGUGUACAUUGUUGAUCUGUGACUAUAUCUUAUUUCUCAAUAAGUAAAGCUGUUGUUUGUAAUAAUCAGGAAUAAUAUCCACUGUCACAUGACUAGACAAUAAAUGUCUGUUAUCUGA